GUGCUGAACAAGGCCACGUAUGGUCCAAUAUGGAUAUCCUACGUAGGGUCUCACAGCUAUGUGAACCUGGCCAGUGCCCCACUCUUGGAGCAAGUGAUGCGGCAAGAGGGCAAGUACCCCAUACGGAAUGAAAUGGACCUAUGGAAGGAGCACCGGGACCAGCAGGGCCUGGCCUAUGGACCCUUCAUCACGAAUGGACAGAGCUGGUACCAGCUGCGCCAGGCUCUGAAUCAGCGGUUGCUGAAGCCAGCUGAGGCUGCACUCUAUACAGAUGCUCUCAAUGAGGUGGUUGAUGGCUUUAUGGUUCGACUGGCCCAGCUGCGGGCAGAGAGUGCCUCAGGGGACCAGGUGCUGGACAUGGCUCACCUCCUCUACCACUUUGCCUUGGAAGCUAUCAGCUACAUCCUGUUCGAGAAACGAAUUGGCUGCCUGGAACAAUCCAUUCCCGAGGACACCGUGAGCUUCAUUAGAUCUGUCGGGCUCAUGUUCCAGAACUCAGUCUAUGUCACCUUUCUCCCCAAGUGGACCCGUCCCCUGCUGCCCUUCUGGAAGCGAUACCUGGAUAGCUGGGACAACAUCUUCUCCUUUGGGAAGAAGCUGAUUGAUCAGAAACUCAAGGAGGUGGAGUCCCAACUACAGAAAAGGGGGCCGGAUGGGGUUCAGGUGUCUGGCUACCUGUACUUCCUGUUGGCCAGUGGACAGCUCAGUCCUCACGAGGCCAUGGGCAGCCUGCCUGAGCUGCUCCUGGCCGGAGUGGAUACGACAUCCAAUACACUUACGUGGACCCUGUACCAUCUUUCAAAGAACCCGGAGAUCCAGGCAGCCUUGCAUAAGGAAGUGGUGGAUGUGGUGCCAGCUGGGCAAGUGCCCCAGCACAAGGACUUUGCCCACAUGCCCCUGCUCAAAGCUGUGCUGAAGGAGACCCUGCGCCUCUAUCCUGUGGUCCCUGCAAACUCCCGGGUCAUUGUGGAAAAGGAAAUUGAAGUGGAUGGCUUCCUCUUCCCCAAGAACACCCAGUUUGUGUUCUGCCAUUAUGUGGUGUCCCGGGACCCCAGCACCUUCUCUGAGCCUGAGAGCUUCCAGCCCCAGCGCUGGCUGAGGAAGAACCAGCCUGAUAUCCCCAGAAUCCAACACCCAUUUGGCUCUCUGCCCUUUGGCUAUGGGGUCCGGGCCUGCCUGGGCCGCAGGAUUGCAGAAUUGGAGAUGCAGCUGCUGCUGGCAAGGCUGAUGCAGCAGUAUGAGGUGGUCCUGGCCCCUGAGACGGGGGAGGUGAAGAGUGUGGCCCGCAUCGUCCUGGUUCCCAAUAAGAAGGUGGGCCUGCGUUUUCUGCAGAGGCAGUGCUGAGCUUGGCCCCUGCCUGCCUGGGGCUUGUCCUAGAGGCUCCAGCCCUGGCACAGUAGUUCCUGGCCACUAUGCAUCUCAGAUGAGGUGGGAGAGAAGGGGGCUGCCAGACUCCAGAGGUUGGAGGAACUCUAUGCACUUCCCACAAAAUCCCGAACUUUUGCCACUUUUAUCAUUUUCAGUGGCUCUCUCUCAGAUAAAAGUCUGCUCCCUUACUGCAUUGCAGUCCUUGGGUACAAUAUAAAAUAAAGGGACUUUUAUUAAUUAUUGGA